AUGCAAGAAGAUGCGAAGAGACUAGUGCAGAGAUGCAAGCCUUGCCAGGAACACGCCAACAUCCUUCAUCUCCCAGCAACACUGAAGCAACCGAUUGACAGUCCCAUACCUUUCGCUCAAUGGGGAGUUGACUUGGUCGGUCCUUUUCAACCAGCAAUAGGAGGUCGCAAGUUCCUCAUUGUAGCUUUGGAUCAAACUAAAGUAACUAAUCGCACGAUACUUCAACUUCUCAAGACAAGGAUUGGAAGUGCCAAGGGAAAAUGGGUUGAAGAAUUACCCAAUGCUCUGUGGGCAUAUCGAACAACCCCACGAACAGCAACAAGGGAAUCUCCAUUCAACCUAGCUAUCGGAACAGAGGCUGUGGCACCCGUCGAGAUUGGCGAACCCUCUUGGAGAGUCAUCAACUAUUCUCCAGAGGCAAAUGAAGAAGCAAUGAGAGUUAACCUCGAUCUCGUCGACGAACUAAGAGAGAUCGCCUCUAUCCGACAACAAAUGUACAAAAGUCGCAUGGCGAAAGCUUAUAACUCCAAAGUACGCCUUCGCUCUUUCCACAUAGGAGAUUUAGUUCUCCGCAAAGCCGAAGCUUCACGCCCAAUCAGUAAACUCGACCCGAAGUGGGAAGGACAUAUAAAAUCACACAAGUGGUUAACAGUGUAG